GGCAGCGCGAGCGGGCUUCGCGCGAGCCUGUCCUUUCCCUUUAAUGGAGGAGGAGGAGGCGGCGGCAUGGCGGCGCGCGCGGAGGGGGCCGGGCGCCGCCUCCUAACGUCGGAGGGGAGAGGAGGGGCUCCCUGUCGCAAGAGGGCUCGCUCCUCCUCCUCCUCCUCCUCCUCCUCCUCCUCUCGGCCUUCCUCCGCAGCCUGGCUCCCUGGCCUACUCGCCAGCGGCCGCCGAGGACGAUCCCUGAGGCUUAGAAUAACGCUGUUCCUGUAGUGGAGAUACGUGUAUAACCUUGUCUGAACAGUAUCAUCAGUUGGAACAGGCGAUGGGGCAAGUUGCUGAAGCAUGGCUUGAAUGCCAGAAAAGAAUAGAUGAUUAUGUUGAUGAAGAGGUGGCAAUGAGAACAAAGCAGCGCUUUCUGAAGGAAGACUGGGAAGUUUUUAAACAGAGACAUUUCCUAGAUCAGUUAAAUGGCGGGAAAGCAGUAUCUGGAGAAAAUAACUUUACAGACACAAUGAGGCAUCUGUUGUCAUCACAACUGAAUAUUUCAGACUGCCCCAACUGCAAUUACAGGCACAGAUGUACUUGUGAUGACUGCAGUCUUUCUCAUAUUCUGAUGUGUGGAAUCAUGGACUCACCAGUUACGGAGGACAUUCAUAAUAAUCAUCUGCCACUGCAAAUUGAUUCUGCUCCAGAUUGUCUAGCUGAAAGCCACCUAUCUAGUAUGUCAACAGGAAGCUCAGGAUCCAGUUCCGGUUCUCCUUUCACUGUUCAGCAGAGAGAGAAACUAAAACCAAUUCUAAAUGAGAACAGCUCUGGACCAAGUUUUAAUACAGAAAAUGAAGAUAUUGAACCAGCAUCAGAAAAACAUGAAAAUCUUUACUCCUGUAAUCACUGUGAUAUUGCUAACAUAGACAGUGCCAGUGGAAUCCAUAGACAGUUAAACGAGAGUAUCAAGAGCACAACAUUAAAACUGAAGUCUCCCCAGGGUAGCAGCACUAGUAGCACUUCAUCAGAAGGAGAAGGCGAGAAACCCAAUGCAAAGAAUAGUAGUCAUCUGCCAAGAAUUCAAAAAGGCGAUUUAAUGGUUGGAAGUAAAGUGAUAAGAAAGGAUGGCAGCAAAAGGAACAGUCCUGUGCCAUCAUACCCCACUCAACAGGCUAAUCAAGUUCCAACGUGUUGUGAGUGCCAUAUCUGCAAACAGGAAACAAUAGGCCUGUCUUCUUCAGACACUGAACAAAAAUGUCUUCCUGCUGGGCAUCAGUUUAAGAUUCCGGAAAAGUCUGUCCACCCUGGUCUUCAUCUUUAUCCUCACAUUCAUGGACAAAUACCACUUCCUACUGUUCCUCAUUUAUCUCCUACACUCCAUACUUCCUUUUAUACUUCUCAACCAUUGGCACAGAAUAAGGCUCUUCUGCAGAAUCAUACCAAUAAUCAGCCAAUACUGAAUACAUCAUUCCAAGAUCAUAUGUACUCAAAUGGUUUUGGGAGUACUACAGACUGGAAGAGUUCUGAAUUUCUAAGCAUUUGGGAAUCAGAAGUCAUGAAUGAGAAGAACUGGUAUGCUUCCAACUUUUUGCAAGAUGAACUUCCUGGGAAUGAUAUGGUAGCAUCAUCUGCCGCAGAACCAAAUCCUAACAUACUUCCUGUAACAACUGGAAAUGAAGGAAUGGCAGUGACUGAUAGCAAGAAGAAGGAAAAUACAUUAAAGAAAAAAUGUCUGUAUCACUUUCAAGAUGCUUUUAUGCACAAUAACAAGGUAGUUAUGGCAACAUCUUCAGCAACAUCUUCAGUCUCGUGCACUGCUACUACAGUACAAUCGAGCAACAACCAGUUUAAAGUUUCAUCUAAAAGAUCAUCAUCACUAGGUGAUGUGUUCCAUAGCAUCAGUUCAGAGGAUCAUAGAUGUUCUGCAUCAGCUGCACCACAAAACAGUCCCACUACUUUAGCACAGCUGUCUUCUCUUUCCCCCGGGGUGCUUUCUCCAACUUCAGCCCCUCAUCUCCCAGGAUCCGGUAUUCCAGCAUUCUCCAGAACUAUUACCACUCCGCCCAGCUUUGUGGACACAAAUUUGGGCCUUUAUCCAACCACCAUGGCAUCUCCUUCAACCAAAGAGAGCUUGGUUAGUACUGCAUCAAGUGUUUGCAGUGACCCUGACUGUGAAGGCCAGCAUUGUGAACACAGUGAUCUAUAUGAUCACCCACAGUAUGAUGGUGAGGAGAGCCAAGAUGAAGACAGCUGUUCAGAACACAGCUCAAGCACCUCAACAUCUACAAACCAAAAAGAAGGAAAAUACUGUGAUUGUUGCUAUUGCGAAUUCUUCGGACAUGGAGGACCACCAGCAGCACCAACUAGUAGAAACUAUGCUGAAAUGAGAGAAAAACUCCGUUUGCGUUUAACAAAAAGGAAAGAGGGACAACCUAGAAAACCAGAGCUGAUUUCAGAUAGAGAUGGUGUUGUUGAUCAUCGAAAAGUAGAGGACUUGCUACAGUUUAUAAACAGCCCUGAGACUAAGCCGGUUAGCAGCACGCGGACAGCAAAAAGAGCAAGGCAUAAGCAAAAAAAGUUAAAAGAAAAGUCCCAGAUUGGAACAGAAUCUGGAACUCGAGAGCAACGACAGCAAAUUGAACACCAAGGAGAUGAGGCGCAUCAACUACAAGCUAUAAAGAAAAAGAAAAAGAGGGCAAACACCAGCUGUGAGAAAGUGAAAAUAGUUCCUCAGAAUUGUGAAGUAAUGAGAAAGCCUUCCUUAGGUGCCCCGGAAAGCCUUCAGAGUGAGCUAUUGGGGAAAAGAGAUACAUCAGCUGAUUCUCUGUCAAAACACGCAGAUGACUUUGAGCAGGGGCCCAUUUCUGAAAAUUUCUGUGAGCCUUGUAAUCCAGCAAAGGAUAGAGACUCACAGCUGCUCUUCAAGACUGAGAUGACGGUGAAAUCACAUGAGCCCCUUUCUUUGCUCCUUAAUAUAAUGCAUAAUCACACGGAAGAUAAUAGCAAAGAGCAAAUAACACAGAUAAGUAAGCUGUUUGCUCAGCAGUUGAAAAAGCCUUGCAAAGGAGCAGAUAGUCAGCCUAGGAUAAAAAAUAAAAUGAAAUCCAAAUUAAAAGUCACAGAUCUGCAGUCACUUGCUGUCUCCCAAAAAGAAGAGAAAAAAGUAAGCACUAAGAAAUCCAAGCAAAUGAAUCCGGUAGCAAAAUCAUCUUUUGUGAGAAGCUCCUUUUUUCCAAGUGAACAAUUGCAUAAUAAACAGCUAUUGCAAGAUUCUCCUCAGCCAAAAGCCAAGAGCAAGAAAAACAAAAAGAAAAGUGACAAAGGAAGCUCAUCAAUUGACGAUGUGUUUUUGCCUAAAGACGUUGAUCUAGACAGUGUGGAAAUGGAUGAGACAGAGCGAGAAGUGGAAUAUUUUAAAAGAUUCUGCCUGGAUUCUGCCAGACAGACAAGGCAAAGACUGUCUGUCAAUUGGUCAAACUUUACCUUGAAGAAAGCAACCUUUGCUGCUCACUGAAAGACAGUCUGGAAUUUGAAUAUUAUGGAAUUUAAUGACUAACCUCACCUUCUCCUAUACUGAGAACUGUUGUGGCCUUGAGACAUAACUUCAUUUGUCAUGCUGUGUGGAUCCUCACCGAUUAUGUAGCCCUUUCCCAGAUUAUUCUAGAAGACUGAAAAAUUGCUGCUUUAUCUUUGCAUUUACUAGUUUUCGUGACUGAAGUCUGUGAAUGAGACUUAAUCUGACUGUAGCCUGAAGUUGUUGGAAUCGGAAAAAUAGCAUGUUUCCAGUUUUUGGAGAAACCUUUAGCCUCAAACAUUUUAAGCAGUACUGUUGAAAAUAGGCUUCUUAAUGGCCUUCAGCUGCUUGUGGCUCUUGCCAUUGAAACUAUGGCUUGCUCAUUCUACAGUGCAACAAAUCCAGCCAAUUCUGUAUUUUUCCUCUCUGGACUUCUCCAAACAAAGAACCACGGGAAAACAUACUCUUUUGGGACAAGCAUUUACUUUUGUUUUCCGCAGUCUACUGUUAAGAAUGUUUCCAAGUUAAGCUGUUUGUGUUUUGAUUUCUGAUUUAUAGCCAGCUUGUGUAAAAAAUAUUUGCAGAAGAAGGUUAACAAAGCAGAGUGUUCAUACUCAUGUAUCAAAUCAGUAAAAUUGUAUAACUGCAUUAACACUGAGGACUCUGGCUAAUUUUAACAUAUUGUUAAAUAAUAUUAAAAUCAUGCCUUUCUUGUUGAAAGACGGAAUAUAUUAGCAAUCACAAAA